GGCAUACUUUACCGCGCAGUCGAGGAACUUAUUGCCGGAAACGGAGGGAGAUACGAUGAGAGCGGGGAAAAUAGCUGAAGCGCGCGAUAUCUACGUAUUGAUUUCGUCCCGAGCUUUGAAUCCGAGUGCGCCGGAACUGGGGAAACCAAAGUCGUCCAGGUGAAACCGAGGACUCCGGGCUACUUCAGUCGGAUACUCGUCUAUAAAUUGUACUCCGCCCGGAGGGAGAAGCUACAGGAACGGGUCAAUGCAAUUAGCCCGAAUAUAACCGAACAAUUAUGCGAGUUAACGUCAUUGUAACUACGUCUCCGAGCAAACAUCGUCAAAGGACGAUCGAUAUUGUACGCGCGAACGCUCCAGUGAACGUCACGCGAUCUAAUUUCGAUUCAAUUUCGACGGAACUUGAUUAUCGCGCACGCGUAAUUGAUCCCAUAUCUCAGAUCCGCAAAAAUAGGCCGGUAUGUAAAAUUGGACAUACAUUACGAGAAGACGUUUGCUAAAAUAUUUGCACAAUUUUUUAAAUCACACGCUCUCCUGCAUAAGAAAAAUCGAAGACGCGUUCACGUUGGAGGACGCGAUGACGAAUUUGGCAAAUAUUUGCCGUUUUGCCGUUGUCUGGCGAAAAUCGCGCGCCAUUUCAUCAGCUUGGAUUCUCGUGCAAAAAUGCAUUCUGCCCGAGCACGAAGGACGGAAGACAAGAACAAGAGGAAAGACGUGAAAGACAAAGAAUAAAAUGAAUGCCCGGCGAGAGCGCCCGGCGAUGGUGGUGCCAGAUGAAAAUGGAACUGCGGAAGCUUAUAAACGGGGAACAAAAAAUGGCAAUUUUCAGCGGAACCCUGUAUCGCUUGUGCCAACAUUUCCCAACCCGUAUAAAAGCGAAAUCGCCAUCGCGAGCGAAACACUCGCCUGGACAAUAAAGGAGACUUUAGAAAAACCUACGCUAAAACACCACAACACGUUUCAAGAAGCUGCAUCUUAAGUGCCGCGCCUUCAAGAUGAACAAAUUACCGAGAAUACAUUACUUUCCCUCGUACAUAAAGUACAGUACAUAAAGAAAUUAUUGUCGUAAACUUGGAAAAACAAUCGCGUUAAAUGAAUUUAUUUUUGUGAGAAAUACAAGAAUUUUAAGAUUGUUGGAUAUUUUUUAUAAGGAAGAUAACAUUUUUAGAGAGAGAGAGAGAGUUGCAGAAACAAACAAAACAAAUCCAAAUCAAGACCAUUAUAAUUUUCUAAUAACUAUAUACUCUAAAAAAUAUAUACUUUUGUAAAUAUAGCUUGCAAUAGCGUUUCAUAUUUUAAAAAAUAUUGGAGAUUUUCUACCUAACAGCAGGUACAAUUAUUAAUUAAAAUUAAUAAAAUAUAAUCACGUAUAUAGCAGACUUGAUGUAAAAAAAGAUGUAGAAGCACUUUAUUAUUGAAAUUUUCUAAAUUGCACCACGUAAAUUUAACGGCGGUUUCUCCACGCCAGGCGGCGAUUUCUAGUCUCGGUUCUAGCAGGACCGUACUCUACGUCUCAUGGGUCAAUCCUAUGGGUUUCUCGGCCAGCACCAUCAUGCGCACAGUGCCUUGAGGUCUGUGCCAUCGCCUGAUGGAGAACGCAGUGCGCAGCCGGCACAGACCGUUCUGUCAAAACCCCCACCAAUUCCCCGAGCAUGGAUACAACGGCCACCGCCACCGCCACCUCCAGCUCUCUCUCUCUCUUUCUCUCCUCCAGCACCACCUUUCCGCCGUCCACCACCAUCGGCCCACCAUCCACCAUGGAAACCGGCUAGUGCGCAUUCUGACUUCAGUCAGGCAAACGAUCUCAACCUGUCCAGGUCGACGCAGGCAGGUGUCGGCAGAGAGCGAUUCUAACUAGUCGUUGUUGCCAGCCGCGUUCGCGCGUCGCGUCAGAUUCUCCCCCGUUCAUCGUGGAUUCUCUGAGGUCGGCUCGAGGCCGCGGUGUCGUAUCGAGAGGACAGGGUGACGGAGCGGAGCUCGGAGCACCGCGAGCGGGAGUGCCGUCGAGAGGGUCGCGUUGGCGGGGCCCGGCCGGGAUUUAUGGAACCACCCCAUGGAUAGUAACAUGUCAACCGCCGCCUUCAUGCAUCGGUCGGGUGGCUCCUCCAGCGCGUCAAGUGCUGGCACGGGAUCGUCGACCGGCGGAGGUCCUGGGAACCCGGCGGGAGGCGGCAGGAUGGCCGUCAUCGGCGUCACCAGGAACGUACGUCUGAGGCGUCGCGGUAACGCCGGCUUCGGUUUCUCAUUGCGGGGUGGACGCGAGUACGCCGCCGGGUUUUACGUCAGCGACGUCCAACCGGGUGGCGAGGCUCACCGAAACGGAUUAAGGGUAGGCGACCAGAUUCUGAGGGUGAACGGUUAUCCGGUGGAGGACGCCGUCCACCAGGAGGUCGCGCUUCUGGCCAAGAACCAGCAAGUCCUGGUUCUCAAGAUUCGAAGCGUAGGGAUGAUACCCGUAAAAGACAAUCCGAACGAUCCGGUUACCUGGCACAUGGUACAGCAACAGCAACAGCAGCUGCAGUACAACGAAACUGGUUUAGGCGGUGUGCCGAGCUCGGAAGUCAGAAUUCGGAUUCUCGUCGGCGAGAAGGGCCGCCUAGGCUGCGGCGUCUGCAGAGGCAUCGUACCUGGUCUCACCGUUCAGGGCACGAGGGAAGGUGGACCCGCGCGAGCAGCGGGCCUGAAGGCCGGCGACGUGAUAAUCUGGUGCAACGGACAACGGCUCACCGACCUUCCGUUCGAGCGGGCCAUCGAGAUGAUGCGCAGCUCGGCGAUCCUCGACCUCGUGGUGCAACGACCCACAUCCCCAAAUCAUCUCUACGACUGUCCCGAGCCGCUGUGGACCCGCGGCUCCAGCGGCUACGACUCCGAGACGUCCAGCGUGGCAGCCGCGAGCCCGCCGCCCCAGCAUCAGAACAACCCGCCGUCCUCGCCGCAGCAUCACCACCACGACGGCAGGAUGCAUCAGCGGUAUCCGCGCGACGACGCCUGCAAUAGAAACGGCAGGAUAUGCUGCCCUCUCGCCCUGACGACCACCAGCUGCAGUUCCUCCUCGGAGUGGGCGCACGUGGACCAGGCGCCGGAAUGGUCGCGUAAACCGAAUAACACAACAGUGAUUCGUGUUAAUCAGAGCUCGAACCAGAACCAGAAUCACCGGCCUGUACCGGGCGGGCAGUAUCACUUCAAUCCACGCGGCAAUUACGACGAUGACAUCGACAACGAACCGCUUUACGAUCCCGUGGCGCCCAGGAUCGACUACGAGGUGCACGACUUCGACGCGAAUCCUCGAGACGAGGCUAAUCGGCGGCUGGCCUAUCGGCGAGAUAACGCGCGGCAGCAGGACGUGAUUUAUGACGGGCCCGCGGACGACUUGCCCAUGUUCCAUGGCUCCAAAGAAAACGGCCAAGCGGUCGGCAAUCGAUUGACGGACCUGCAACUCAUGCAGCGGCAGAGCGAAGCCGAGAGGAAGACGAUAACGACUGUAGAGGUGCAUCAGUCGGUUUGUCCACCUGCACCACCGCCGCCGCUUCCUUACAAAUGGCCAGCAGAGACGAAACCGAUGAACGCCAUGGGCAUGCAAAUGGGCAGCACCAUGUCGAUGGGCAGCACCGGCUCGACGGAAACCGAGUCCAGCCUCGAGUCGUCCUGCAGCAAGGAUUCCGCGUCAACGUCAUCGUCCCUGUCGACGUCGUCCUGCGAGCCAGCGUCCACCGUUUCUUACGGAUCGGCGGCCGGCGGCGGAUCCAGCAGCGUCACCAGCAAAACGACGGAGACCUCGACGACCGCAUACGCGACGCCGCGCAAGGAUCUCGCCAGGACAUCGCCGAUCGUCACCACCGAUCUGGGCACCGCCAUAACGCAGGAGUUGCAGAGGCGAGCGCAGCAGAGGUUGAACAAUGCCGCUAAAGCGGAAGCGCCAAAGGAAAAAGCUCCGGAAAAUCGCAAGCCACAGAAUCCCGAGGCUCUCAGGUCGCAGGAGCAGAAAGUCACACACGAUAAGCUGAUGGAGGAAUUCAAACGUGCACACCAAAAGAUGUUCAAUUCUGCUCAACAAAAGGCGCAGUCCUCGGAACAGGUUUCCAAAGAAGUUCAGGAGAAGGAACAGGAGAAGAGAGUGCUCACCAACGAGACAACAACAACGACGACGGCGGCGGCAACAACGGCGACGACGGGUCCUCCGGUGCCACCGCCGGCACCUCCUCCGUUUCCGCUGCCUGCUAAAAGCAGAAACAGCGACGACUCGGUGGAAAUGCAGAGCAUCGAAUCGUUCAAGCUGAAAGAGACGCCCAGCACGGUGCCGAAACCACCGCCGACGUACUUCCCGGUGACGAGCCCCUCCUCGGCGAGCGGUAGUCCGCGCCACGUCGGCACCGGGAGCAAGAUCCCUAGGGACGUCGCGACAAGUCCCGUUGCGGAACUCGCCAAGAACUCGUCCGCGUCGGUCUCGCCGACCAACGGUGCUUCGAAAUUACCCGGCGGCAAGGUAGCCAUCAGAAUAGGGGCGUACGAGGGUGAGACGAAGCAGCCAUCCAGAUUGGAAUUCUUGCCACAACAGCCGAGUCGCGAAAAGAACGGCGUUGUCGACGAAUUGGACAACGGCCCGGUCGUCUCCAGGCUGCAGAACGAGCUUGCCGCGACCCUGCAGAGGUCGAACCUCAGAAGAAAGACUGAAGGCGAAAAUCAGUCGCCCGUGAAGACUGUUCAUGAGAACGCGGCGACGUCCAGCAAAGAAACAACGAAUUCAGAGCCGAACAAGCUUCUCCAGAACAACAUCGAGAAGCUCGCUUCCGCUCUCAGCAACAAAGUCACCAUCAAAGUGAAUCCGGAGAAUAGUAGUCGAUAAGAAUGCAAUUGAGUCGAAAAGAUGUAGCAACAAUUAUCUUGUAUCUUCGUAAAUUUUGUACAUUUUUGCACGUUUCGCUAACCAUUUUCGACUUAAUUAUAUAAGUGAAAAGGCGCUCCCCCUAUUGGUGAGGUUCUUUUACACGUACGUGUUUUUAUAUCUUAUUUAUUAUCGUAUACAAUACACCGAGAGUAAGGAGUGCAGGAGCUAAUUCUUAUUAAUCGAGACGAGGUUUCACGACCAGUAUUUAUCACGUAGUCUUUUGAAUGUAAUCUACUGCGAUCGCGGCUAUGUAUGAAUCUUAACAGAAAAUUCGACGAGAUGUUGAAUUUUUAAAUAAAACCGACGACACACACGUAA